AUGCAAAAAAAAAGUUUAACUCACCAAACAAAUAUAUUUUCUGUGCACAGACAUUUUUUACGCUCGAAUAGAAGAGAAAGUCAUGGCAACUUGAAGCCUAAAUAUUUGAGUGAAAAGCUCUUUUUUUGGUUAUUUCAAAGGUUGAAGGUCUAUCGACACUCACAAAACUUUUGUUCCACAACUAGAGAAGGCAUCGUUCGUUUUUCUGAUACUGAAAAAGAGGAAUCUCAGCCCAUUCUGCUGAAUUAUGGUUUGGUAUUCAAGAGAAUAGUCGAGGAAGGAAAAGUUUAA